GAUUGCUUAAUUUUUCUUCAUUGUUCACUACACUCACCAACUGUUUGUUGAAAUUCCUGAGAGAGUGUUCCAUUAUUUGACCCCUUUUAUUCAACAGUGAUUGGGGUCAUGGUAUGGAGAUUUAAUUGCAGUGACAGUUUUAAUGACCGGGAUUUCGGGUCCAAUUCGUGCGAAAUGGAAUGGUUAGUGUGUGACGGUGGUGGGUGGCAAGGAGAAAAGUUUAUUGAAGCAUUUGGUAGGAGGCAACAAACGGGAAGGAGAAACAGUGUGCACGAGGUUGAGAUCGGUCGAGAUGGAAAGUCGGGUCGGGUAUAGACCCGUGUGUUUUUAGGGAAAACAACUGUUCCGGAAGUUGUUUUCCAAGAUUUUCCAAAGUUUUCUGUUGACUCUAAAUAUUUUUUGUUGACCAUAUUUUCCUAUGUGCACCAAACAUAAGAAAAUGCAAUAACAUUU